AUGGACACGGGAGCCACAAACCACGUCACCGCGGAUCAAGGUACCCUUCGUUCUGUCUUUAAUACUAGAGCUUAUCCUCCAGUCAAAGUCGGUAAUGGAUCCUAUGCACCAGUUACUAAUCUUGGCAAUGGCUCAAUUCCAUCUCAAUCUCGUGCUCUUUCUCUUCAAAAUGUUCUUGUCUGUCCAUCUAUUAUCAAAAAUCUCAUUUCGGUUAGACGAUUUUCCAUUGAUAACAAAUGCUCCGUUGAAUUUGACCCUUGUGGCUUUGUUGUUAAGGAUCUCAAAACCAGGACACCACUACUCCAAUGUGAUAGUCCCGGGCCUCUGUAUGCGGUGACUCCAUCAAUAAAACCUCCACCUUCACCGCAAGCUCUCAUCACAUCAUCCACAAAUGGUGUCGUUUGGCAUCGUCGCUUAGGUCAUCCUGGAAACACUGUUUUACAAUCUCUUGCUUCUUAUGGCUUUCUUUCUUUCAAUAAGACUGACAUGACAACAUUGUGUCAUGCAUGUCAAACUGGGAAAAAUGUCCGACUUCCAUUUACUUCCUCUUCCUCUAUUAUCACUAAACCUUUUGAAAUUGUUCACUCAGAUAUUUGGACUUCACCAGUCUCUAGUUUUGGAGGAAUUAAAUUCUAUGUCAUCUUUGUUGAUCAAUUCUCUAACUAUGUUUGGGCUUAUCCUCUCAGGCGCAAGAGCGAAAACUUUAGCAAAUACUUACACUUCUCUGCUCUUGUGCGUAACCAAUUUAGAUGCUCUAUCAAAUCUUUUCAGUGUGACAAUGGUGGAGAAUACAACAACCGUUUAUUUCUCUCUCAUCUUGCAGCUGAAGGCACUCAAAUUCGGUUUUCAUGCCCAUACACUUCCCAGCAAAAUGGCCGUGCUGAAAGAAUGCUUCUCACCAUCAACAAUCUCAUCCGUGCUAUUCUUUUCCAAGCUCAUAUGAAGCCGGAAUUCUGGGUCGAAGCUCUUCACACAGCCGUACACAUACUCAAUCUUCUUCCCUCCUCUUCUAUUUCCAACGAGAUUCCUUUCACUAAACUUUUCUCAAAACCUGCAUCUUAUGAUCAUUUAAGAGUGUUUGGUUGCUUGUGUUACCCUAAUCUUUUUCCUCAGUCGCAGCACAAGCUCGCUCCACGAUCCACGGCGUGUGUUUUUUUGGGAUAUCCGACAGAUCAUGGCGGAUACCGCUGCCUUGAUCUUGUCACCAAGAAAAUCAUUUUCUCACGUCAUGUUCGUUUUGAUGAAAACUUGUUUCCAUUUCAGUCAGCGAUAGUUUCAUCUUCCCCUGUCGUCUCCCCAAUAAUAGAUGUCCCGCCUUCCAUUCCUCGAACUGAUCUCAUUCCAGUUCCUGAGACUCCACCACCACCACCUCUUGAGGCUACUCCUCCGCCUCCCCCUACUCCUCCUCCUCCUCCUCCAUUGCCAAAACACUCAAUGGCAGCUAAGGAUCCAUACUGGAAUGGGGCCAUGAGCGAGGAAUAUAGCUCUCUUAUUAAAGCACGAACGCACAAAUUCAAUGCAAACGGGGAGCUCACUCGCCACAAGGCAAGACUCUGUGCAAACGGGAGAUCUCAGAAGCUAGGCGUUGAUUGUGAUGAAACGUUUAGUCCAGUCGUUAAACCGGCUACAGUACGCACGGUACUUCAUGUCGCUGUUGCAAAAGAUUGGCCUUUGCAUCAGCUCGAUGUAAAGAAUGCUUUCCUCAAUAGUGAUCUUGAAGAGAUCGUUUACAUGCACCAGCCACCAGGAUUUGUGGAUCCAACCAAACCAGAUCAUGUCUGCCUUCUACGGCGAUCUCUCUACGGCUUGAAGCAAGCGCCUCGAGCAUGGAACAAUCGCUUUGCUUUAUUUGCCAAAACAAUCGGCUUUACUCAAAGUGUUAGUGAUCCCUCCUUAUUCAUAUACAAUCACGGCAUUUGGUUAUGCAUUUUCUCAAUAGUUCAUUAUAGAGUAUAA